AUGAGGGUUUCUUCAUUGUUAGGGUCCGCGGCGGCCGGUCUGCCCGCCCUGUUCGCCUUGUUUUCGCCCAUCGCACACGCCCAGUCGUUCGAUGCCGUCUCGAUUCCCGAUCUCGACCUCUCCUCGUUGGGCCGUGUGACCAUCACCGGUGACUUCGAGGGUGUCUCGCUGUACGAAUAUGAGGGCCAAUCCGAAAUCACCCAGCGACCCGGAUCUUCGAUUCUCACCCCGCUUCCCAAUGGCAUCCUGACGAAUCUGACCUCCGCCGACGCGCAGAUCAGCGACAUGUGUGCCUUCACUCAAAAGGACGGAACUUUCGCUGGGAUUUUUGUCGGUGGAAACUUCUUAAGCCUGGGUGGAGUUGACUCGCCCGGCGCGGCCCUUUUUAACCCCAACUCCAGCAAGGUCACUGCCCUGCCCGGCCUGAAGGGCUCCGUCUCGACCGUGCUUUGCGACCAGGACACCAAUCGCGUCUACGUUGGCGGAUCAUUCACCUACGGAAAGACCAAGAACGCCGUUGCUUGGUCUCCCGACGACGGUUGGACCAAGCUCGCAUUCGAUGGUCUCAAUGGUCCCGUUGAGUCGAUCUUGAAGACUAGCGACGGUCACAUUGUAUUUGGUGGAUCUUUUGAUGGUGUCGGCAACUCAACGCACUCGUCGAAGAACACGAAGCAAGUUCUUAACCUGCAGAAUGCGACCAUCACAUCCGACACCGACUCGUCUCUCAGCGGCUACUCCGAUAACCGAAACAUCAUCUGCUCGACUAGUGGCAAGGCCGCUACCGGUCAAACAUACCUCCUUCACGACAAUGCCCCUGGAUUUUGGCGCGCCGACCUUGGUUUUGACUUCUAUCCGACAAAAGUUCGCCUCUACAACACUCAUAUGGAUGGACGGGGCACCAAGGAUUUCCUCUUCCGCGCCCUUCCCGACACUGGCAUCAUGAACAUGACCUAUACCGACGAUUCAGGCAAUAAACAGAGCUGCGAUUCCUCCUGCCCGCUUUCCGAUAGCACCACCGAGAAGUACCGCGACUUCACUCUUGUCAAUCCCGUUGGCAUGCGUGGAUUUGAGAUCGAAAUUUUGUCCUGGUAUGGACAAGGUGCUGGACUGAAUGGUAUCGAAGUAUUCCAGGACCAGAUCGUCACAUAUGCUGUCGACAAGUACAACGAGCCAUCCUGUGCUGGAAUUGAGUACGCGGCAAAGUCGACCCAUACUGGUUCCUGGACUAUCAAGGAUGGUGGAUAUCUGUCUGCCCAGGUGACCGAUUCCAACGCCGACGACACUUCUGUUGUUUAUAAACCCGAUAUCAAGGAAUCUGGCUACUAUAUCGUCAAGGUCUUUACCCCUGGGUGUACACAAGACAAUACUUGCGCCUCUCGUGCCCAGGUCAACGUGACGGCGACUCUCUCGACCGACUCUGAUAAAUCUCAGCCAUCCCCCAAGGUCAUCUCCCAGACCAACAAUGAUAACAAGUACGAUAUGUUGAGCCAAGAUUCUGUAUAUGUCGACGCCGCCAGUGACUCGUUCCGCCCUGCUGUCACCCUUCGGCCUAUUGCUGGACAGGGAGAUAUUACCGCUGUUGCAUCCCGCGUUCAAUUUGUGCUGAUCAACGGCACCGCCACCUCCGAUGACUUGAACGGACUCUACGACUUUGAUCCUUCUUCCAAGAAGCUCGAUACCAGUGACCUUGACAAAUCGGACAUCAACAAGGCUGGCGAAUCGCUCAACCACAAUGCCUCGGUUAUGACCCUGGCUGCGAAUGACGAUGUCAUCUACGUUGGAGGAAACUUCACCUAUAAAACUAUCCACAACAUCAUGUCCAUCACUGAUGGCAAUGCUACCGCAAUGCCCGGCGGUGGUCUGAACUCCGAGGUGCUGUCUACCGCUACUCUUGACAGCACUCUGUACGUUGGAGGUCAGUUCACAGACACUUCUGACGGUGGUGUUGAUGGCCUCAACUAUGUUGCCUCUUACUCCUUCUCUUCCAAGAACUGGGUGUCUCUGGGUGAUGGUGUCAAUGGACGUGUUGAUAACAUCUAUCCCCUUGAACUGAAUGUGUCAUCGGCGGUCAAUGAGACCACCAUUGCGGUGAGCGGUGAUUUCACUAAAAUCCUCGCUCAUGGCGAUAACCCCGCUGUCUUCGUUGCCGGCUUCGCAAUUUGGGUUCCUUCUCAGAAGGUCUGGUUGCAGUCUCUCAAUGAUACCCAGAUGGAGUUUGCUGGUCGUCUGUCGGCUGUUGCUACCCACAACGACACUUCGCUUCUGGCUGGCAGCCUCGCCACGGAUGGAUUCAACGCUGGCGGUGCAGUGUCCUUAUCUGAGAGCGAUGAUGAUCUUGAUUUGAUUCCAUUGCCCAUGAAGUUGGAACACCCCAGCACCAAAUCUGGAUCUGAUUCCAGCCAGGGGGUGAUUACCGGAGUCUAUGAUACCUCCUCUGACCGCAACCUCACCAUCCUUGGUGGUCGAUUCACCACGACUGCCACCAAUGGCUCGACCGUUGACAAUGUUGCUUUCCUGAAUGGCACUGAAGAGACCCUCACAGGUCUCCCCACGGGCCUGCAAAGCAACUCUACAAUCAUCUCGAUGCUUGUGUCCAAUGACACCCUCUACCUCGGUGGAAACAUCACAGGAACAAUUGGCGGUGAAAACGUGAGCGGCCUGGUGACUUACGAUUUGGUAAUGAAUGAGUUCGCCGAGACUCAGCCUUGGGGACUGAGAGGCAAGACUAACGCUGUCAACGCUAUCGCUCACCGACCAGGCUCAUCUGACGUCUACGUCGGCGGUGACUUCGCGUCAGCUGGAAAUCUCCCCUGCAACACUGUUUGUAAGCUGGAUGCCUCGGAUAACUCUUGGCUGUGGCCUUCAUCGGACAUCAGUGGAUCCGUGAUCGCUCUCAAAUGGGCGAACAAGAAGACACUGUAUGCCGCAGGAGAUAUCAACAUCAGUGGAAAUAACAGCGCGAUUGCCACCUUCAGUACCGAGUCCAGCCUUUGGACUUCCUUCCCAGGAUCAUCCAAGUCCGCAAUUCCGGGCAACAUCACCGCAUUCGCUCCCGCCAGCGAAGACAUCAGCGAGUUCUGGAUCGCGGGCACAUCGACCAACGGUUCAGCCUUCAUGAUGAACUACGAUGGCUCCAACUUCAACUCCCCCGGCAACCUCUUCUCCGAAGGCACCCUCAUCCGAGGCAUGGAGAUUCUCCCAGUCAACCAGGACCACUCAUCCGUGUCUCUCCUGAACGACGACCAGAUCCUCCUGAUAAUGGGCGAACUGAUCAUCCCGGAUUUCGGCAAUGCAUCCGCAGCGCUCUACAACGGCACCGCAGUCACGCCCUUCAUCCUGUCCUCCAAAUCCGACGGCCAACCCGGCAGCAUGUCCCACCUUUUCUCCGAGAACGAAAAUCCCUACUCGAGCGGCAGCGAAAGCCACCACUCAAACGGCAUCGUCGUCCUCGUCGCCUUCUGCUGCGCCCUGGGCUGCGUAUUUCUCAUCGUCGCUGCCGGCGUCAUCUUGAACAAGAUCCAGCGCCGUCGCCAAGGUUACGCCGCGGCCCCGCAGACCUUCGGUACAGACCGACCAACAGACAUGACCCGUCUGCCGCCAGAGUAUCUAUUCAAUUCCCUCGGCCACACGAACCCCACCGCGCCAGCAAUCUAA